ACGAUUCACUUAUUUGUGCAUUUACUGAUGACAAAGAAUCUACUGUCACGCAGACAUGUACGUAUGUACGCGUUAGUCUCUACACACAUUUGCAUGAAUCGUGCGUGGACAAAAGUGAAAGUAACUCUUUUCUUCUAACUUACAAUUCAUAAACAAUACUGUAAUAAUCAAAAUGUUGUUCAGAUUGAAAUUUCUUGUUCCUUGUGCCGUUCUGGCUUGCUCCAUUUUGGAGAUAAUUCUGUGUGAAGAUGAAAAUAUGGGGUGGCCAAUUGACUACGAGUUCAACUCCAAGACGCUGCCAUCUAUUGAAGUCAAGUUGAGUCCCCCAGAAAAUCCUCUACCGCAGGUGGCGGCAGAAAUUAAGCUGUUGGAAUCUGCGAGGCUUAAACUGGAGGAGGGAAUGAUGCAGAAGCUGGAGGACGAAUACAACAAAUCGUUGUCGAGCUCAAAGAUAAAAAUACAAGACACAGUGGAAAAAUCGUUAAGCAUUUUCAACGACCCGAAUAUGCUGGGCUCGGUCAUUUCUAAUUCUGUCAAAAUGUUAAGACGUGAGAACAUGAAGAAGCCUGCAGAAGAUGUUCCAGCGAAAAAUAACCUGAAGAAACACCAAAAGGUUAAUCAAGCAACAAGUGGUCCACUGCCACCACCCGAACUUAGAAAACAUACGUCCUUUCUGGAACAGAAUUACGUUAAUAGAACGUUGCCUUCUGUGAAGAUAUCGCUGUCCGAGUUAACUGAACCCAGCGUAGAGAUAAAGGAAAAAAUCGAAGAGAUGGAGCAGUACAGGACCGAUGAGGAAGUUGCGAUGUUCGAAAUGGCCUUAUCCGAAUUCUCCAUCCUGACGGACAUAACCAUUCUGGAGCUGGAGAAGCAGAUCCAACUGCAGCUGAACCCGUUCUUGGUUGACAAGAAGAUCGUGCACCGAGCCCUGACGAAGGAGUUGAAGGAGCUGGGACAGCGAGAGGAAAAGGAGAAGAUAAAGGAGAAUUUCCAAAGGCAGUCUUCCUUCAUAGAGGAGGAGGAAAAUGAAGAUACAGGAAACAUUUUGAACGUAAAAAUAAGCCAGACGGAUUACGGGUACCCCACGAUUGACGAACUGGUGAUGCAGAUGCAGAAGAGGAGGGACAUUUCAGAAAAACUGGAACGACAGAAAAUUCUAGAUUUGCAAAUGAAGUUAUUAAAGGCGCAGAGCGAAAUGAUCAAGGACGCCCUUCAUUUUUCCCUUUCCAAAGUUAUAGCUCAGUAUUCGCCGAUAGUGGAAACGAUGAAGCUGGAGUCUAUGCGAAUGCUUUAGGGUCAGAGAGGGGAUCCGGAAAUAUCCCUCCUUCAUCAUUUUGUGAAUUCCUUUUUUGUUUUUAACUGUUUUAAUGUUUUCCAACUUUUUGUGUGAGCCGCUUGUUCCUUGCGCUCUCGUCAUUUUGUAGUCAAUGUGGUCGUCGCGUCGGCACCAUUUUGGCACAACUUCGUUGUCAUUUUGUUGACACCCACAUAUGUUUAUAACCACCUGAAGGAAGUGCAAAAAUGAGUUAUUUGACUCCCCAAUAGGUCAUUCUUAAAAGAAUUAAUU